AUGUCUCAACCUCACGAAGUUGCUGCUGCCACUGAGGCCGUCGCAAAUAUGCAUUUGGACGAACUUACUGGUGAAAUGGUCUCCAAGUCCGAAUUAAAGAAGCGUAUUAAGCAAAGACAAGUCGAAGCUAAGAAGGCUGCCAAGAAGGCCACUGCUAAACCAACUCCUGAGCCAAAGAAGAAAGCAAAUACCGAUGCUUUUGCUGAUUUGGAUCCAUCUCAAUACUUCGAAGCUAGAUCUAGACAAAUUAACGAAUUGAGGAAGACUCACAGUCCUAACCCAUAUCCACACAAGUUCCAAGUUUCUGUUACUUUGCCAGAAUUUUUGUCCAAAUAUGCCAACUUGAAGCGUGGUGAAACUUUACCAGAGGAAAAGGUUUCUAUUGCUGGUAGAAUCCAUGCCAAGAGAGAAUCUGGUUCCAAAUUGAAGUUCUACGUUCUGCAUGGUGAUGGUGUCGAAGUCCAAGUUAUGUCUCAAUUACAGGACUACCACACCGAAUCUUCAUAUGAAGAUGACCAUAGUCUAAUCAAGAGAGGUGAUAUCGUUGGUGUCGAAGGUUAUGUUGGUAGAACUUCUCCAAAGAAAGGUGGUGAAGGUGAAAUUUCUGUCUUUGUUUCCCGUAUUCAACUUUUGACCCCAUGUUUGCACAUGUUGCCAACCGAUCACUUUGGUUUCAAGGACCAGGAAUUGAGAUACAGAAAGAGAUACUUAGACUUGAUUAUGAAUAAGGAUGCCAGAAACCGCUUCAUUACUCGUUCUAAGAUCAUUAGUUACGUUAGAAAGUUCUUGGAUACCAGAAACUUUAUCGAAGUGGAAACCCCAAUGAUGAACGUUAUUGCUGGUGGUGCCACUGCAAAGCCAUUUGUUACUCAUCAUAAUGAUCUAGACAUGGAUAUGUACAUGAGAAUUGCCCCAGAAUUGUUCUUGAAGGAAUUAGUUGUCGGUGGUAUGGAUAGAGUUUACGAAAUUGGUAGACAAUUCAGAAACGAAGGUAUUGAUAUGACCCACAACCCGGAAUUUACCACUUGUGAAUUCUAUCAAGCUUACGCUGAUGUAUAUGACUUGAUGGAUAUGACAGAAAUUAUGAUCUCCGAAAUGGUUAAGGAAAUCACUGGUUCGUACGUCAUCAAGUAUCACCCAGAUCCAAAUGAUGAAACUAAGGAACUAGAAUUGAACUUCACUAGACCUUGGAAGAGAAUUAAUAUGAUUGAAGAAUUAGAAAAUAGAUUCCAUGUCACAUUCCCAGCCGGUGACCAACUGCACACUGCUGAAACUGGUGAAUUCUUGAAGAAGGUCUUGAAGGAUAACAAGAUGGACUGUGCUCCACCAUUGACCAAUGCUAGAAUGUUGGACAAGUUGGUUGGAGAACUAGAAGACACUUGUAUCAAUCCAACCUUCAUCUUUGGCCACCCACAAAUGAUGUCUCCAUUGGCUAAAUACUCCAGAGAUCAACCGGGCCUAUGUGAGAGAUUUGAAGUUUUCGUUGCCACAAAGGAAAUCUGUAACGCUUACACUGAAUUGAACGAUCCAUUCGACCAAAGAGCUCGUUUCGAAGAACAAGCCAACCAAAAGGCCCAAGGUGAUGACGAAGCACAACUUGUUGAUGAAACUUUCUGCAAUGCAUUGGAAUACGGUUUACCACCAACUGGUGGUUGGGGUUGUGGUAUUGAUAGAUUGGCCAUGUUCUUGGCUGAUUCUAACACCAUCAGAGAAGUCUUGCUAUUCCCAACUUUGAAACCGGAAGUCGUCAAGGAAGAAAAGAAUUAG